AUGACAAUUCAGCCUGGUAACAGCUCUCCAGAAGAAAUAGAGACCCUGGAUCUGCUGAGGAAUUGUUUGGUGUGCAAAUGGGACUUGUGGAGGAGAGACCCCAGAAUGUUACCUUGCCUUCAUUCCUUCUGUAAGGACUGUCUUCCAUAUUUGGUUCAAGGAUAUAGCUGUAUUCCUACUGACUGUGAAGUUCUAUAUGAAGGUAUCCUUUGCUGCCCUGUGUGCAAACAGACCUGCUUUGCAAGGGAUGUAGUUGAAAAUUUCUUUAUCAAGGACUUUCCCACUGGUAAUUCAGCUAUGGCAAAGAUCUGUGCUACGUGUAAAGAGAAGCGACCUGCUCACAGUCUCUGUACAAGCUGCAAUAAGUGGUUGUGCAGCUCAUGUACAGAGGAACAUAGACAUGGCAAGGAAACUGGAGACCGCUUCCUACCUGUAUCCUUGAAGGGCUGCACAGCAACUGCAGAUGAAGCAAGCAAGUUUUCUGUGUUUUGUCCAGUGCACGCUCAAGAGCCACUCAAGCUGUUUUGUGAGACCUGUGAUACCCUUACGUGCCGCAGCUGCCUUCUGACAGAGCAUAAGGAACACAGGUUCAAACAUCUUGAUGAAGCUUUGCAAAAUCAGAGAGUGAUCCUGGAAAAUGUCAUAACUAAAGUGGAAGACAAAAGAAGGGGCAUUCAAGUGUCAACUAAACAGAUUGAAGACAGGCUGCUUGAAGUAAAACAUUUAUACAAGAAGGUAGAAAAUCAAAUAAAAAUGGCCAAGAUGGUUUUGAUGAGUGAAAUCAAUAAACGAACAAACAUCCUUCUGGAACAACUUGAAAAAGUCACCAGUGAAAGGAGGCAGAAAUUGGAGCAACAACUGCAAGGUGUUGUGGUUUUAAGCAGACAGUUAGAACAUGUGCAGAACUUUAUCAGCUGGGCAGUGUGCAGUAAAAACAGCAUCCCAUUUCUCUUCAGUAAAGAACUGAUUGUAUUUCAGAUCCAGCGCUUGUUAGAGACAAACUGUAACACAGACAUAGGUCCUCCUCUAAAGAUCAGAUUUACUUGGGAUCCCUCCUACUGGACUAAACAACUGUCCAAUCUGGGGGGUUUCACUAUGGAAGGUGGACACAUUUCUCACUCAGAUGUGGUACUCUGUGGAAGUGUGCAAGGAUUACAGACCUCCUUGAUUCAGGGGCAGCGGUCACCAGCUCCACAGCUGGGACCUGGGAAUAGCCAGCUACAUCAGUUUCCAGCUGCAGCUCAGUGUCCUGUGCCUGUGUGCUGCUCACACUGCCUCGGCGUACCUCACUCAAACAAAGCUCAGCCUUCUUACCAAGACACAAAUCGCCAUCACAAUUUUCGACAACCUUCUGAACUGCACCAGCAGCGUUUUCCUCUGCAGUACAGCAUGCAGCAACGUGAAAAAGAGUGCAGGGGUGCCCCCCAGCCUCUGAAACUAACACAGCCUGGGCUGGAACAGCAGCCGCGGUCAGAGCCAGAGACUGUCUCCGGGAGGAUGGGAAAGCACUUACCUGCCCAGCAGCUGCAUCAGACUGCACCCUUGGGUUAUGCCGUUGUAUCGCAUGAGGCUCAUCAAGUUCAUACCAGCCAUCUACAGCCACUGCGCACAGAAGGUUGUUUGCAGACAUCAACUGUGCAAGUGCAACUUGGUAAUCCCCAGAAGAUAAAAUCUAACCAUUUGCAGCAGCCACCACAGCAGCAGCAGCAGCAUCCACCAGCAUCGCCACCAUCAGGUCAGAAUGAGAACACCCACAAACAAGUCAUUCAGCAAAGCCUGGACAUAAUGCACCACCAGUUUGAACUGGAGGAGAUGAAAAAGGAUCUCGAGCUUCUUUUGCAGGCCCAAGGACAGCCCAGCUUGCAGCUGAACCAAGCCAAGCCACCUCAGCACGUUCAACAGACCAUAGUGGGUCAAAUCAACUACAUAGUGAGGCAGCCAGCCCCAGUUCAGCAACAAAUCCAAGAUGAAGAAGAGGUCUAUGAGAGUUCCACUGAUCUUGAUGCCCAGAAGCCUGUAAUUACUCUUGACAAAAGUGGAGGUCCCUCCCUGUCACAGUCACUAGAUGAAGAAGCCAGUGUCAGCAGUCACUCCUCUCAGAGCACAUUGCACCAGUCAGCUUUCCAUCCAGUGAGAAAGCGUUCAGCAUCCAUAAGCAUUGUGGACUUUUCAAACAGUUUAGAAAUGGAAUUACCUUCAACAAGGUUAUCUAGCUUGGCCGACCCACAGAUGCAAGGUGCAACUGCUGUAACACUUGGCCCAUCAACGGAUGCUCUUUGUGACUGUGAUACUUCACCAGAUUCAGUGCCCAGCUACAGCUUGACGUCAGGCAGAGGUCCAAGUGAUCUGAGUCCAGGGGCUGCCACUGGCCUGGCACUGGGUGAUGUAAUCCAGGGCAGCACUAAGUGCAAGCUGGAAGAUGAAGGCUUCAGUACUGUGGCUCAUCCUCUAGAAGGCAGCUUGGCUAUUGCUGGGCAAGAUGUAGUUAAUGAAUUAACUCUUUCUAUGCAAAAAGUGCUGGAAGAACCAAUCAAUCUUUCCCUCAAAAAAUCUCAGCAUUGUACGUCUUCGUGUGAGCUCCUCAGCAACACUUCUUUCCUACCUGUGAAUGCCAGCAUGAGACAACAUGGAAGCAAAGAAGAUUCCAAUAACUGUGAAAAGGAACAUUUAGAAAUGGAUAUGAAAAGCAAUCAGAAUGUCAGAGCUGACCCUAAGGAGAAGAAGAUCCCUUAUGUGCGACUGGAACGCCUAAAAAUAGGUACAUCAGAAGCAGGGGAGCUGCCAGUGUUUAAGCUCCAGCCACAGCACAAUGAGCAGGAGGGCAAAAUUCUCCUGAUAAUUGAGUGUGGGAACCAGUCUUCAAGUAUGUCUAUAAAGAUAAAUGAAGAUAGUUCACAUGAAGGACUGAAGUCCAAAGGAGAGAACUCAGAGGGCAGGAAGGUUCUUAUAUCCCAGGCUGCAGGACAGACACAAGCUGCCCCUGUAGAUACUCUGUCUGCUGAUCAGAAGCUCAACAACGGCAUCUCCAUCACAAAAAGGUCUCCCAUUACUCAGGAAGUCAGUCCAAUUGAAAAUGAGGACUUCUGUGCUGUGUGUCUUAAUGGAGGAGAGCUGUUGUGCUGUGAUCACUGCCCCAAGGUCUUCCAUCUCUCCUGCCAUGUUCCAGCCCUGCUCAGCUUUCCAGUGGGAGAAUGGGUGUGCACCCUUUGCCGUAAUCCAGUGAGGCCGGAGGUAGAAUAUGACUGUGAGAACACACGCUGUGGCCACAGCUAUCCUGCACAAUAUGGCCUCGAUGACUGUGACCAGAAGAAGUGUGAAAAGCUGGUGCUUUCCCUGUUCUGCAGUAGUAUGAGCCUCCCAUUCCAUGAACCUGUCAGCCCACUGGCUCGGCAUUAUUACCAGAUCAUCAAAAGGCCAAUGGAUUUGUCAAUCAUACGAAACAAGCUGCAAAAAAAGAGCAAGUCCCAUUACUCUGCACCUGAGGAACUUGUGACUGACGUGCGUCUCAUGUUUUGGAACUGUGCAAAGUUCAACUAUCCAGAUUCAGAGGUUGCCGAAGCUGGACGAUGCCUAGAUGUAUUCUUUGAGGGCAAACUGAAGGAGAUUUAUCCAGACAGGAAUUUUCCUUCAAUGCAACAAGAGGACUCUGAUGCUGAAGAAGUGGAGAGUCAGAAUAGCAAAAUGCCACUUCAAGAUUUCCAGUGGCCAUCAUAUGGACAGGAGUGUGUUCAGCCCAAAAGGAGACGGCGCCACACUGAAAGUGAAAAAAAUUAAAGAAUGAUGUCUCAGCCAGCUAACAGCCUUCCUCAGGUAUGACCUCCUCAAGAUGUGAGAUAUGCUAUGAGGAAUCCUGCAGCAUAACUGACAGAGUUAAGGUGUGUGGGAGGAAAGCGAAGCACUUGAGCCGUUUGUCUAUUAAACUCUCCUAAUCUGCUGACCAUAUGCCUUAUUUCUAGAUCUUGUGGGUAGAUAACAGAUCCAAAGUGUUUGAAUCUGUCAAUAUUCAAUAUGUUAAAUCAUGUAUACGUUUUGCAGUGUUUACACUGAAAUACUAAUGUUUUGGUGAUAGGUAAUUAUGAUGAAUAAUGGAAGUAACAUGCUAAUAAUCUCUAAUACUGCAGUACCAUUUUAUAAUCUGUUUUAUAGAGCACAGGUAACCAUGUAAUGAUCUUGCAAUGUCAGUGUGGAUGUUGGCCAUGCUUUGUGAUAAACACAGCACGUAGAGAUAAAAACCGUAAUCCUGUUGUUUUCUUCAAUGAUUUUCCUGGGAGCUUGACUGCUCAAGGUCUGUGAGAUGCAGUCUAAUGUGGUUAUCAGAUUAACUGUUUCUUUUGAAGCAGAACAUUUUUAUUAAAUCACAAAAGAACAAGUGCUAGUACUAGGGCUCUGUGUGGGCUGUUUCUGAGUGCAUACGAGAUGUUAUUUUUGCCAGGAAUGAUUCUUCUGGUGUUUAAUUCAUACUUGGUAAAACAGUGUGGGAUUUCUUGGGUAUCAAAGGUAGCACUUCUAUACAACCCAAGCCAUUUGGUUCUCUUUAAAACAGAUAUUGGAACUCAAUAAAUUAACUAUGAAACAAAUUACAUGGUUAUAGAAGUGCCUAUAAAAUAACAUAAUAUAUUCCUGAUUUUCUCUUUGCUUAUUUUUGUAGUUGUGAGUGCCAACAGUGCUAGAAGAUGAGGAUAACAUGUAUAUGUAGAAGCUCAAAAAGAG